AUGGGUCAGUACGAAGAUUCCGUCUACCUCGCCAAGCUCGCGGAGCAGGCUGAGCGAUAUGAGGAAAUGGUGGAGAACAUGAAGAUCGUGGCCUCCUCGAACCAAGAGCUAUCCGUCGAAGAGCGAAACCUCCUCAGCGUCGCAUACAAGAACGUCAUCGGCGCCCGACGUGCAUCUUGGAGGAUCGUCACUUCCAUCGAGCAGAAGGAAGAGUCCAAGGGCGACGAGAGCCACGUUGCCUUGAUCAAGGAGUACCGCCAGAAGAUCGAGGCGGAGCUUGCCAAGAUCUGCGAGGAUAUCCUCGAGGUCCUGGAGAAGCACCUCAUUCCUUCGGCCCAGAGCGGAGAAUCCAAGGUCUUCUACCACAAGAUGAAGGGAGACUACCACCGCUACCUUGCUGAGUUCGCCAUUGGCGGGAAGCGCAAGGAUUCUGCCGACGCUUCGUUGGAGGCGUACAAGGCUGCCACUGAGGUCGCGACCACUGACCUGGCUCCUACUCAUCCGAUCCGCCUUGGCCUCGCCCUCAACUUCUCCGUCUUCUACUACGAGAUCCUCAACAGCCCUGAUCAGGCUUGCCAGCUUGCGAAGCAGGCUUUCGACGAUGCCAUUGCUGAGCUCGAUACCUUGAGUGAAGAGAGCUACAAAGACUCCACUCUCAUCAUGCAAUUGCUGAGGGACAACUUGACUCUCUGGACUUCGUCCGAUGCCGAGCCAGCAGCUGAGCCAGCAGCUGAGACCAAGGAGGCUCCUACCGAAGCUGCUCCCGUCCCUGCUACGACGGAGGAGCCCAAGCCGGAGUAG